AUGAAGGUUUCUGCAGCCCUCCUGUGUCUGCUGCUCACAGCAGCUGCCUUCAGCACCCAGGUGCUCGCUCAGCCAGUUUACAUCCCAAUCACUUGCUGCUUUACUGUGAUCAGUAGGAAGAUCCCCUUCAAGAAUCUGGACAGCUACACAAGAAUCACCAACAGCCGGUGUCCCCAGGAAGCUGUGAUCUUCAAGACCAAAGCGGACAAGGCGGUCUGUGCUGACCCCAAGCAGAAGUGGGUCCAGGAUUCCAUAAAGCUCCUGGAUCAAAAGUCCCAAGCCCUGAAGGCUUGA